CUUUAUCUCAUUGCCACGUUCAUCAGGCCCCACGUGUUAUCGACUCCUCUCUUCUGCUCAUCAAAAGUUCACAACACUCAUAACUCAUUUCCUAUUUCAGCCAAAUAUCCACUUCCCAUUUCAGCCACACCCCUUUUAAAUUUGUGAUUUUUAUCACUUUUUUAGCCAUAAAAGAAUCUCUUUUUCAUUACCCUUUUUAGUUGGUGUUUUUUGUUGUACUGAUCUGAUUGUAUUAUUGAACUUGAUACAGAAACAGAGAAACUUUUUGGUGUAUCCACCUUUCUUUUUUCUUAUAGUGCAAACAAGCUUCCCAUGAUCUUGAUUAGUUUGUAUUUAGAUUUAAUAAAUAUUGUGUUUUGGUUGAUAGAUUUGUUUUCAGAGUAAUUCAUCAUUUCUGUGAUUCCUGCAAGAACUAGGUGAAUCAAACAUGGCCUCAAGAGUCUCUCCCAAUAUUCAAUGUUGGCACCUCAGAACCCCUUAUUCAACGCCACGUGCAGUUUCUCCUUUCCCACUGAGACAUGCCACUGGGAGGAACAGUUUCUUCUCUAGCUCCAGGAACAUGAGGGUGCAGAGAGUGAAGCAUGCUUGUUCUUCCCAUUUUGAUGAUUUCCACACUGAAGAAGUGAUGAACAUGGUUCAUGAUGAUGAAAAAGGCAACAACAGAGUUGCCCACUACAAUGGAAAAUUCAAAAAGGAGAAAUUUUGGACAGUGAAGCCUGAUGAAAUUCUCGAGCCUUCUCUUCUUGGAAUCCAGCCAGAGCCACCAAGCUGGCCAGAAAGAGAUGAGAUUCUGAGACUGAGCUUUGAAAGGAAGGUGAAAAGUGUGGGAAUUCCUCUAUCCAUUAGGAUGAUCAAGGAGAAGCUGAAAUUGCAGGCGGGUGUUAAAGAGGUUGGUGAAAGUGAAACUGAAUUGAUUCAAUGUUCUCUGAAGAAAACCUUCUCCUCUAUGUUGUUUAUCCUCCAGCAGCUUCAGAAUCAUGCAUUAGAAACCAGGGAGAGGUUGUGCUGUGAAGACUCGCAAGGUGUUAUGGUGAAGCUGCAGAGAGAAAUGGAUGCUUCAUUUGUGUGGCUCUUUCAGCAGGUUUUCUCUGAGACCCCAACUCUCAUGGUCUCUGUGAUGGUCCUUUUAGCAAACUUCUCUGUUCUCUCUGUGAGUAAUAACUCUGUUAAGGAUGCCACUCCUAUGUCCAUGAUGACCACAGUUCUAUCUUUGAGUAAGCAAAAACAUCCUCAAGUUGAUUCUGAGGUUGAUCAAGAUGAGUGUGUGAAGGAGGAGUUGACUGAAGAGGAGGAAAUGUUAUGGAGUUCCAUGGUAAAGGAAGCUUCAAUGUUGCAGCAAAAAGAGUGCGGGGCUGAGAUUUUGGACCACGAGACAAUGAGAUUUUCUGUGGCCCCAGUGUCAGUGAAGCUUGAAGGGGAUCAAUAUGAGGAAUAUCUCAAAACUGAGGCUUAUUACCAAAAACUUAUACUCUUGACACCUCACAAUUCACUUCUGCUGUCUAACUAUGCUCAGUUCCUCUUCCUAGUUCUUCAUGACAUUGAUGGGGCAGAAGAGUACUACAGGCGUUCAGUGCUGGUGGAAUCACCAGAUGCAGAAGCAUACAGUCGAUAUGCUGAUUUCUUGUUGCUAAUAAGAAAGGAUGCUUGGGCAGCAGAACUGAGAUAUCUGCAAGCAUUGGAAGUAGAUCCUGGCAACACUUUUUAUUUAUCAAAGUAUGCCAGUUUCCUUUGGAACCAUGGUGGACAAGAUAGUAGUAGUGGCUUACCUGUAGAAGAAUUAGACAACUUACAACUAUGACAUUAAUUGUCUAUAGAUCCAUCUACAGUUCACUUGCA